AUGGUUUUGACGGGAGAGAUCGUGAUCAAAAUGAAUUUUGAAUUCCUACGAACACUACAUGGUUUCAUUAAUUUUCUGCAAGUGUGCUUCGGAUUUGCUGCAAUUUUUGCCUCCUCAUUUAUCUGGGUUGACAAAAAUCUCUAUUUCCAGUUUAUAUAUAAGGGCUUUGGAUGGCAAACAUUGAUUCUUUUCAUUUUGGUGAUCACAUUUCUAUUUGCCUUGGUUAUUUUACUUUCGAACAUAUUUGGUAAGGACGUAUUCGGAACAGUUGGCAAGAAAAGGCUUCUUUUAUGCUAUGCUCUUUGUUUAAUUCUACUCAUUGUAUCAGCAUCACUUGAGACGUGGUAUGUUGGGCUUUCUGCCGGCUACCUACACAGUCGAUUUAUUGCAGUAACAGUCUUCAAUUGGCUGUUGGUAGCCAGUUAUAUUGUACUAAUAGUGGUGACUAUUCUGUUUGUAUAG